AUGGGCCGCCUUCGCUCCUCAAGACGACGUCGUCGUCCCGUUCUCUCGUCGUCUCAUCUCGUGUUCCCCAUCCUCGCCGUCUCCCUCGCUUUGCUGUGCUUCUUCUCCGCGCUGCUGCUGCUGCUUUCGUGUCGCUCGCCCUGCACCUCGAACUUCAUCUGCCGCUCGUUCGCGAACCGUUUGCUGCCCGACAUGAUGCGAGACCUGCUCCCCGCGGGCUUCGUGCCGCUGCUGCUGUCGUCACUGGCGGCUGCUCCCGCUCCAGCCGCUGCCGCCAUCCUGUACGCGUCGUCGUACAGCGGCACCAUCACCACGCUCAACUUGACUCUCUCGGGCAAUAACGGCACCCAGUCUACCCUGCAAUCCCUUUCGACCUCCAACGGAUGCGCACCUAGCCCGUCCUGGUUGACUCUGGAUCAGCCGAACGCGAAGCUUUACUGCACGGAUGAGGGCUUGACUACCGACCACGGCACUGUCUCGUCCUUCACGACCGGGCCUGAUGGGAAGCUGGAGCAGCUCUCAAAGGUCGACACCAUCAGCGGCCCCGUGAGCGCUGUUCUCUUUGGUGAGAAGGGAAGCGGCCUGGCUGUUGCUCAGUAUGGAGGCUCCUCUCUGAGCUGGUUCGACAUCACGAACCCGGCCGCGAUCACGCCGGUCAAGUCGGAGACCUUCAACAUGACCGGCCCCGGUCCCAAUCCCUCGAGGCAGGAGGCACCCCACCCUCACGAGGUCGUCCUCGACCCCAAGGGCCAGUUCGUCCUGGUGCCCGACCUCGGCGCCGAUCUCGUCCGAGUCUUCGCCGUCGACGGCAAGAACCUCAUCGCCUCGGAGCCCCUGAAGGCCGCUCCCGGCAGCGGGCCGCGCCAUCUCGAGUUUCUCGUCACACCGGAGGGCAAGACGUACAUGUACCUCAUCGCCGAACUCGCCAACACCGUCACCGCCUUCGACGUCACCUACCUCGAGAACAAGACGCUCGGGUUCAAGGAGGUGUACUCCGGAUCGACCUACGGCAACGGUGACUCUGCGCCUGCCGGAGCCAGCGGUGCCGAGAUAUGGAUUUCGUCUGACGGAAAGUUCCUGACCGUCUCCUCGCGCAACGACAGCGCCUUCAGCAUCACCAACCCCGACACCAACGAGGGCGCUCAGGUCCCCUCCGACUCCCUUAACAGCUUCAGCAUCAACGCCCAGACCGGCGAGCUUACCCUUCUGCAAAAGUUCCCCGCCGGCGGCCGCAUUCCCCGCCAGUUCUCCGUCAACAAGGCCGGCUCGCUCGUCGCCGUCGGUUUGCAGUCUGACAGCCGCGUCGUCAUCAUCAGCCGCGACGCUGCUUCAGGCAAGCUGGGAGAGAUUAUUGCGAGCACAAAGGUAGAGGGUGAGGUGACCGCCGUCAUUUUUGAUGAAUGA